AUGGCCGAAGUGCUGGGCAUAGUGGCCAGCCUUGUCGCCAUCGGCCAGGCUCUAGCCGCUAUACCCACAAUCGUCGACACCCUCGCGUCCGUAGCCGCCGUAAGCGAUGAGCUUACAGAUCUGGUGAAUGAAGUAUCUCAUGUCGACCAGGUUCUCAAGACCAUGUCCAUUUCCACAGCGCCAGGCUCAGACAUUCAAGAGCCUCCCUCACUUCGCGCAACAAGGUCCCGGCUAGAACGAGUCAUAUCACAGCUAACUCGUCUUAUCGACCCUUACUUGAGCGCCAACACUCGCAACGGCCAGGUGCGAGCCGUUGGGUUGAAAUGGGCACUGAAAAAGAAAAGAAUCGCUACACUUCUCAGCGAGACACGAGAAGCUCGCCUGGACUUGCACUUCGCCGUCAAUACUAUGAUGCUUGAAAGUCAGCAGUGA